GUAUAUCGAAAAAUAUCGAAAACCAGUCUUAAAUGUGUUACGUUUACUAAAAAAUAUCAACCACUUUUAUAAUUUUUCAAUAUCAUAGUAAUAGAUAAAAAUAUUUAAAAGGUAAGUUGAAAUGUUGCAUAUUGUAGAGUAAAUGAGUGCAGUAAAUAAAAAUGUAAAUAAAAAAUGCAUAUUCCAAGAACAAUUGUUUAGUAAUUUAAAAGAAUAUUCAUGAAAAAAUUGCCAAAGUCAAUAAUGUUUCAGAAUUUUUAUUAUUUUUUAGGAUACCGUAAUAAUGAGAGCAGCAUGUGUGUGUCAUAGUUUAUAUGUAUAUGUAGACAUCUCAGCGACAUGCUACGUGAUUUCUAGUGACCUCUUGUAAUUGCAUGUGUGUAUAGUACACUGGCGUAUUCGUUACACGUAUAAAUGUACCUGUUUGUAAAUAAUUUUUGUUAUGUGUAAAAUUUAGUGCAUGAAACAAAAUGAUUCCAGAAAUGACUGUAAAAAUGACCCAACAUGAAAUAAAUGAUGAUACUGAAGAUGACCCUUACGAAGUGGAAAAAUGCGGUAAAUGGAUUGAUGCGUGUAAUUUAAAUAAGAUUUGUUUACAAUUUCCUGAUAGCCUUUUACAUGAUUCUGUAAAAAUUGCAUUAUGUUUGGAGAAUCGUAUCAAGAAGAAAGUAUACAUUUUGGGAGAUACUACUUGUGGUAGUUGUUGCAUUGAUGAAAUAACAGCUCAACAUAUCAAUGCAGAUGGUAUCAUACAUUUUGGUCAUGCUUGUUUAAAUCCUACUGCGAGAUUACCAGUAUUCCACGUUUUGCCAAAGAAAGAAAUUAACGUGACAGAAGUCGUUGACAAAUUUAAAUCUAAUUUUGAAGAUAAAUCUAAAAAGCUAUUAUUCUUUUAUGAUGUUGCUUAUGCACAUAAAAUUGAAAGUAUACAAAGAAUUUUAUGUCCACUUUAUGAAAAUUUGAUCUUCUCUUCUUUAAACUGCAGUUCCAAUGUAGAAUAUACAGAUAUCAAAGACAAUUCAUCUGUAGUAGUCUUAGGUAGAAGUUUUAACUUAGGAAAAGGUUUCAGUAUAAGGGAGUAUGAAGCAUUUUACCUUGGAUGUGGUGAAAAAACAUUUACUACAUUAGCAGUAACAAUCCCUGUAAAGAAAUGGUAUUAUUUUGAAAAUAAUAAUGUUAUUGAAUCCCAAGCUUUAAAUACUCCAUGGUUAAAAAGAAGAAGAUUUUUGAUUGAAAAAUUAAAAGAUGCUAAAGUUGUUGGUAUAAUUGUAGCCACAUUAGGAAUUAAAGAUUAUUUGGAGACAUUAACAAUGGUUAAAAAUAUUCUUAAAAAUAAGAAUAAAAAAUGUUAUAUUCUAAGCAUAGGUAAAAUUAAUCCAAUGAAACUUGCAAAUUUUCCAGAGAUUGAUGUUUUUGUCAUGAUAACAUGUCCUGAAAAUGAAAUGUUCGAUUCUAGAGAGUUUUUAAAACCAAUACUUAUGCCUUACGAAGUAGAACUAGCAUUUAAUAGCUCAAGAGAAUUGUAUACAGAGUAUUGUAUGGAUUUUCGACAAAUUCUACCAGGAGGAAUACAUUAUGUUGAUUUUACAUCAUCGAUGGAUGCAGAUAUUUCUUUAAUUACUGGUGAACUUAGAAAUUGUAAUAAAAAUGUUCCAUGUUCAGAUAAGAUGAAUGCACUGGCAAUUAAAGAUUCAGGGGUUGUCGCAAUUGGAAAAGCAGGAGCAGAAUUUUUGAACAAUAGAUCUUGGAAAGGUGUUGAGCAAAGAUUGGGAAAAGAUGAAGUACAUUCAGCGGAUAUUGGUCGAUCUGGUUUACCUACUAGUUAUGAUAGUGAACCCCUUAUAGAAAAAAAAUAAUAAUUGAACAUUAAUAAUUAAUAAGUAAAACCAAAAUUUUGGUGUACAAUAUGUGUAUAAUAUAACGCACUUAACUAUAAAUAUAUUUUAUUUACUUUAUAAUAAUUUUAGUUUUAUUGUUUGCAGUAUAGUAUUAUAAGUUUAAAGGCCUGAAUUAAAUUAAAAAAAUGUAUAUAAUGUAAGUACAUAGAUGUGAUAGCUUCUUUUUACAGCCGAACACGUGUCACAUUGCUGACGUAAACGCAAAGCGAGAUAUCGAAAUAUGUACAUACGUAUGUACACAUACGUUCUAUAUGAUCAGCUGUGCUCUGUCAAAUUGUAAUACUAGUAGUACAUUCAGGAGAAAUGUGUGUCUAAGUAUCGUGAAUAAUGUAAAAAUAUUUUAAAAA